AUGAUACCCUUGAGCGAUAAGGACAUCAUUUCUCCCUAUAAUGAGGAUGGCAAUCUAAACAAACAAGGUGAGGAACUUUUUAAUGAAGGAGUCAAGGUUUUGACAGGUGGUAGAAAACUCGGCGUAGUAAUCCUCAGUGGAGGCGAGGGAACACGUCUUGGACUGACAUACCCAAAGGGGCUCUUUCAAAUAGAGGGAGCUACUCUCUUCGAAUGGCACCUCAAAAGACUACAGUGUCUUUAUGAAAAGUACAAAUGUGAACUCUACUUGUUCAUAAUGACUAGUGACUCAACCGACAAGCAAGUGAAGGAGUUCUUUGCGAACAAGAAUUACACAUUUAUAAAGGGAAUAGAGAUAUUCAAGCAAAGCGGCAUUGAGGCACUGGAUAUGAAGACACGCCAGAGCUUAUGUAGAGACGGAAAGGUGAUAAUGAAUCCUGUUGGCAAUGGUGACUUUUUUGAUGCAAUUAAGAAGGCCCAGCUGAGAACUAAGGUAGAAGCAUUCAACGUUAUUUCUGUGGACAAUGUUCUGGCAAAUAUCCUUGAUGAGGUCUAUGUUGGUGCAUUUUACAAGUACAACUUCGAGACACUCUCAAAGGCUGUUAAAGCAAUGCCAAACGAAAGUGUCGGUGCAUUCUUUAGGGAUGGUGAGCAUAUUAAAAUAGAAGAGUACAGCGAGGCCAAAGCUAGGAAUGGAAAUAACGUCUACGGUAAUAUUUGCAACCACCUUUUCACGAGGGCAUUCGUAGAAAGAGUUUCUGAACAGAAGCUACCUCUUCAUGAGGCAUUUAAAAAAAUACCAUUCACCAACGAGAAGGGCAUGUUGGUCAAGCCAGCCUCUCCCAAUGGAAUUAAGAGGGAAAAGUUCAUAUUUGACUCCUUUGAAUUUACAACGAAGAACGGCGUUUUGAGCGUACCUAGAAAUCAUGAAUUUUCCCCACUCAAAAAUUCCGCAGAAAGCCCUGCAGACAAUCCUGUAACCUGUGCGGCAGCCAUUAAAAACUAUAGACUUAAAUCAAACUAUAAACUCAAAUCAAAAUCAAAAGUAGCAACCGCUAAGGUUUAA